UAACAAAGGCGGGACUGACAAGCCUUGCUACUGGGGAGGGGUAAAAAAAAAAAAGGAACUGCAGGCUUGUGGUGUGGACGUUAAACUACGAAUGAAAAACAACGCACCAGCAUAUGCAAAUUGCAUUUGCAUGGUGGUAGCGACGCAGGGAGAGUCGUUCACAUGGAUGUUACAGGAAGUGAUUAGCUGAAAACAAGGGUACGCUGAUGAUAUAAGAAGCAAGAGUUCUCCAGUCAGUGAAAAAGGUUUGCUGGGAUGGGUAAUCUUCUUAAAGUCCUUACAAGGGAUAUAGAAAACUAUCCACAUUUUUUCCUGGACUUUGAAAGAACCAAAUGGGGAAUCUGUUAAAAGUUCUCACUUGCACUGAGCUUGAUCAGGGGCCAAACUUUUUCCUUGACUUUGAAAAUGCACAGCCUACAGAUUGUGAAAGAGAUGUGUGGAACCAGGUCAAUGCAGUGCUGCAGGAUUCGGAAAGCAUUCUUUUAGGUCUUCAGGCUUACAAGGGAGCUGGUCAGGAGAUAAGAGAAGGAAUACAGAAUCCAAGUGACUUCCAACUCCAAGAACGAGCAUGGAAUGUUGUUUGUCCAUUAGUCAUCAAACUGAAGAGGUUCUAUGAAUUCUCGUUAAGACUGGAGAAGGCCUUGCAGAGUCUCUUGGAGUCCCUGACAUGUCCAACCUACACUCCAACCCAGCACUUGGAAAGAGAACAAGCCCUGGCCAAGCAGUUUGCAGAGAUUCUCCACUUUACACUGCGAUUUGAUGAGCUCAAGAUGAGAAAUCCAGCCAUUCAAAAUGACUUCAGUUAUUACAGACGAACAAUAAGUCGCAACAGGAUAAACAACAUGAACAUAGAAAUUGAAAGCGAAGUGAACAAUGAAAUGGCCAACAGAAUGUCCCUGUUCUAUGCUGAAGCCACACCAAUGCUAAAGACUCUCAGCAAUGCCACAACAAAUUUUGUGUUUGAGAACAAAACAUUGCCUUUGGAGAACACAACAGAUUGCUUGAGUACUAUGGCCAGUGUCUGUAAAGUUAUGUUGGAAACACCGGAUUACACAAGUAGAUUCAACAGUGAAGACACCCAGCUCUUCUGUAUGAGGGUCAUGGUGGGGGUCAUUAUCCUGUAUGACCAUGUGCAUCCUGCUGGUGCCUUCACAAAAGCAUCGAAAAUUGACAUGAAGGGAUGCAUUAAAGUUCUGAAAGAACAACCUGCAGACAACGUGGAAGGUCUUGUGAAUGCCCUCAAGUUCACCACAAAGCACCUGAAUGAUGAGACCACUCCAAAAGCCGUCCGGGCUAUGCUCCAGUAAAAAUUUCUAUAACAAGAGGAUCUAUGUUGUGACCUCAGAAGAUGUAUAUGUUUACAUAAUUUAAUACAACUUGAUGUUCAUACUCAUGUGUAUUUACAUAGCCAUUGCCUCCCGGUUAUUGAAACUUAUAUAAAAAAGAACCAUUAUUCUGAAUUCAAUUGCCAAUGCUAUUAUUUCAUAAAGCACAACUUAAUUAUACCUUACCGCCUUAUCAAUUGAGACAUGCAAAACUGCUUGGCAUACAGUAUAUAUUUUUUGUUUGUUUUAGUGUAACCGUUUAAUUACAGUUUAAGGGCACUGAUCUCCUAGGAUUUAGACUUGGGCAGUCCUGCCAUGUAUGCCUCUGUUCAUGGAAGCAUGGUAAAGGUAGCACAGGUUUGAAAGGUUUUGUAUGUUGGUGUUUUGAUGGUAAGUUUGGAUGUCUGAAUGGUUUCCCUGUGAGAGCAACAGGCUUAAAACUGACAUGAAAAUAUAAGAUAAUUUUAUAACCCACAAAAUCUUAACCAAAAGUUCUAGAACUCUCUCUCUCUCUCUCUCUCUCUCUCUCUCUCUCUCUCUCUCUCUCUCUCUCUCUCUCUCUCUCUCUCUCUCUCUCUCUCUCUCUUUGUGAAAGGUUUUACAUUGGCAAUGUGAAGAGCGGCCUUUUAAAUAUAUAUAUAUAUAUAAAUAUAUAUAUAUAUAAUAUAUAUUUUCUUGUGUGAUCUAUUUUAUCUUUGUAGUACCUUUUUUUUAAAAUAAACUGCAAUCGAUGAAUUAUUUAUGUUGUGGUGCUUAAGUAAUAGUUCGGACACACACACAGACAAAAAAAACAUGCAUAUUUUCAUAAGUGCUAGCUUAAAAUGCAUUAAUGUGUAGCCGAUGCUAUCGUCAGCAGCCUGAAGUGCCCUAAGCAGUUUGCCCAGGCUUUUACACCAGCACAUCAACACAUACAUUUCUGCAAGAAAAAGCAGUUUCAUGGUAAAACAAAACUUCAAAAAUAAAAUCGACUGCACAAUGAACUUAACUAACUUUGUACAAAGACUUCAAAUAUAUGGCUGCAUAUAAAUCUGGAGACGUGACUUGAGAGGAAUGCAUUUCUUAAAUGUUCAGGUGGAAAUACUGUAAAAGAUUAAGCCCCUAAUUAUUGCCAAUAAAUCCUUCCACCAACAAAUUGCAAAACAAAUUAGAUGUCCCUCUUGUUAUUGUUUCUAAUAUUAUUAAUCAGUAAAAUAGCAUUCACUUAUAGUGUAUUAGUGCAUUUGGUGGUUAGAGCACACAUUUAAAUGGGAAAUAAAGACUAUUUAAUUUACUUUGGAACAUAGAAUUCUUCUGGGAAUGAUUUGAGCCUGAUUAUGUUCACUUUAUGCAUUAUGUUUUCUUGCAACAUUAUUACUGUUGAUAGUCUUUGACCAAAGGGGCAUUAAAGGUUUGUAUUAUGUGAGCUGAUUUUACUUGUGUACGCAAGAGCGAAAGACUUGUCACAUGGUACAGUUAGUAACAUCAGUAUUAAACAUUCGCAAAAUUGUGAUGAGUGUUUUCAGCAAAUGCUUCAAGCAUUUUCCUCUUUUAAGCUUCAGGAAUUUACAUUUUUGUUGAAGUGUUUAAACUGAACAGUUUUCUAGCAUAUUAUAUAGAGUGAUUGUAAAUGCUAAAGUACAUCCUUAAAGUUGAAUGUUUGAUUCAAAUAUAAAGUUUUGUUAAGAUUACCUAUAUUUAAGAAUAAGCCAGUUUUGAUAAGCAUUACAAGAAAAUACAAUGCAUACUUGAAGCAAAAACUAAUGUUCUUCCAAUUUCAGUAUUCAGUCUUAGAUAUUUGAGUGAUGCCUUUUAAAAGCCUAGUUUGGGGGGGGGGGGGGGGGAAUGCUAACUGCUAGCUAUAAUAAACAUUAAUAAACAUGUUUUUAACUGACGGGAUUGUUUUAAAUGUGUCUUGUAUAGUUUGAAAAAGCUGUUCCUGGCUGCUUUACUGGAUUUGCUUUGUAUUGUACAUUUAUAUGUAUGUGUGAAGUGAAAAUAAAAACUGGUACAUUUCCUUGA